AUGAGCCUUGAAAAAGUCGGUGACGGAUACGGAUCUGUUGGUGGCGAAUUUGAAAGAUACCAUCGCGGUUUUGUCUCGCAAGGGAAACUUUGGCUUUUCGCGAAGAAAUAUUUCGAGCAGCCAACCCACAAUUGGGGACAUUAUGUAACAUUCCAGGGAUCGUAUGCUCUAUCAUUCUGCUUGGAGGGAAAGACGUGGAAUCGCAUUGAUAUUCCUGCGGUUUCCAAUGAGGAAAAUCUAGCUGAAGAGCUCUUUGUGGCCAAUGACAACAUCUACAUGUUGCUUUUCACCAAUUUCGGUGCCGUCGAAGUCAAGUCGCUUCAUAAGUGGAAUGGAGAGAGCUUUGUUCCAGUCUAUAUUGAGGCUCCCCAAGCUGUUACUGGACUUGAGCCAACGAGCCGAGUUGAGUUCUUUGCUGCGAUUUCCGCCAAUGACGGACCAGAAGUUUAUUUCGUCUGCAAUGGUGAGGGCAUCAAGGUCUACAAGCUCACUUUAAAUGAUGACUCGGCUUGUAUUGAGCAUCUAACUGACAUCGAUGAGGAAACAAACGGAAUUAGAGGACAGGCUGUCUUUGCUUACACUGAUGGAAAGGAAGUGGCUGUCGGAUUUGGUGUCCAUGGAUGUGGAUUUAGAUGGGAGCGCAGCUCAUUCUUCGCUGUUGACAUUAACACCAAAGCCGCAAGGUGCAUCGAGGUUCCAGGGGAUUAUGACAGUGCUCCGAAAUUCUGCUUCUCCGGAACCCAAGCACUUUCGGUUCACCCAGAAUGCGGAUCGUGGAUUCACGCCACUGGAUCCAAUCAAGUUGGAAUGUGCGACAGCAAGUACGAUGGAUCUGUCUGGAAGUUGACCAACAUCUUUACUUCUCCAGAAUGGGUUAAGAUCGAUGGCGAAAUUCCGGAGGGAGGAGUCAUUGUUCCUUACAAGAAUGAGUUCUACAACGUCGGUCAGGACGAAGUCACGAAAUUUACCGUUUAA